CAGUGUAAGUCGGGCGGACGUACGGACAUGGCCGGUUUUUCUGAUCAGAGUGUAGCAGCCAUGAUGGCAGGCUAAGUGCCACCGAGAGCAAGUACUGCUCAAAUCGUGGUAGGCGGUAAACGCGGCAGGUCGACGCGCAAGUGUUCUGCACGCACUAAGUAAGCAGGCGGCUGUGGACCGAUCGCGAUUGUUUCAACAAUUGCAACCGCUGGCUAGAUUGCACUCCAUUGUUGGCUGUUGUUGUGCAUUGUUGUUGCAAUUGAAAAAUUUUUACAGUGCAGUGAUUUUUUUUACAAAUCGGUUUUUUAGUUGUGGUAGUGCAGUGCUUGAUUUCCUCCACAAUUAUUUCAGAAGACCGACAGCCGCUUAAAUUUAAAAACACCAAAACAAUCUAAAUAGAAAUACGAAAAGAAAACGAUGAAGACGCGCUAAUUCUCUCGAAACGGUCAGAUCGUCGAGCUCCUUCAAGUGUCGCCCAGCAGCCCUCAAUGUUCCUGAAGAGAUAGCAAGAGGACCUGCGGUCUGCGUGUGUCCAGUGGCGUAGUUGAAACGGCUUAACCAUUGGCGUAGAGAUUGCACCUUCGCUUUGCCCGAUGGGGGGCGACACCUCCCCCGAGCAGCAGUACUCGCUGCGUUGGAAUGACUUCCACUCGUCGAUCCUCUCCUCGUUUCGACACUUGAGGGACGAAGAAGAUUUCGUCGAUGUGACUUUGGCCUGUGAUGGAUGUUCGUUUACGGCACACAAAGUUGUGCUGUCGGCGUGCAGUCCCUACUUUAGGAGGUUGCUCAAAGCCAAUCCCUGCCAGCAUCCCAUCGUCAUCCUCAGGGACGUACAGCAAAAAGACAUGGAAAGUCUGUUACGAUUUAUGUACAACGGAGAAGUUCACAUAGGACAAGAACAAUUAACGGAUUUUUUAAAGACUGCACAAAUGUUACAAGUGAGGGGACUAGCCGACGUACCGGCGGGUACUGCAGGACAAAGACUGACUGCUCCAGAGCAAAAGAUCUCACCUAAUUCUUCAUCUUUACCGUGGGCGACGGACCGAUCGGAUGCUCUCCGCGAGGGCGCUUUAUCGCCGCCUCCGGCCAAAAGGUCCAGGAGUUCGGAGCGGGGGACGUACACCCCCGACAGGGGCCGAAGUCCCUCCAGAGGCAACGGCGACAUGCAGGAAUCCCUCCUCGGACAGGCCUUGGAAGGCGGCCCCACGAUACUCACAAAGGAGAAGGGAAAUUCGGAUUCGUCGCUGCAAGCGCAAUCGACGGGCGAGGACAGCAACAGCAGCGACACGGCGAUGAGCGACCAUGGAGACCCUGUAACCCCAAAGACUGAACCUUCCGACUACCCCAUGCUAGACGACCACCAUCCUUUCAAUACCAACGGCGGGCUAAUUGAUCAGACGCGGACUCCGACAUUUCCAGGCGCGCUGUUAGGUCUACAAGGAUUAGGAGGACUUAUGCCAGGACCGUCAGGGAUCCAUAAUAGUACGGACAAUUUCGUUUCGAGACGCUCUUUGGACAUGAUGAGAGUCAGAGCGACAGACCCAAGACCGUGUCCAAAGUGCGGCAAAAUCUACCGAUCUGCUCACACGUUACGAACUCAUUUAGAAGAUAAACAUACGAUAUGUCCAGGAUAUAGAUGUGUUUUAUGUGGAACUGUUGCGAAAUCUCGAAAUUCACUACAUUCACAUAUGUCGCGACAACAUAGAGGAAUAAGUACAAAAGACCUGCCUGUUCUACCAAUGCCCGCACCGUUCGACCCGGAACUUGCCAGCAGGUUGUUGGCAAAAGCCGGCGUGAAAAUAAGUCCGGCCGAGCUGCGAGCGCGCGCGUCUCCGACGGGUCCGCGUCGCUCCGACGUGAAGUUGGACGCGAAAAGCGCGUACUCUGGCGCGGCCUCGGAGGCCGGCAGCUCAAUAUGCGGCGACAACGACCCCGAAGACCUGACAAUCUCGCACCAAAGGUAUGGAGGGCUAGAUUUAGCGCUGUCCCCGCCGUCGCACUACCCCAACUCUAACUUUAGGUUUAACUCGACGGGGCAGGCGGUGGCCGCCAAAAGCGUUGACUCUCUAGCCCACAACCUCUCCAAGGAGCCGUACCCCGCUCCUCUGCCGCCGCCCGUCUCCGGCGCCAACUCCACGGGCUCGGCCAUCCUCGACACCUACCUGCAGUUCAUCACCGAGAACAGCCUCGGCAUGGGCAUGAUGUCCUCGGAGCAGGCGGCGGCGGCUGUGCACGCCGCCAAGCUGGCGCAACUCAACGCCAUGGGCCUGGACAAGGCCUCGCAGCAGCACUUCUUGGAGAAGAUGCAGCAGCAGAUGCAGAGCGCGAACGAGCUCAUGCUGAAGCGCAACGAUGAGAUACGGAGAGGCGAUGCCGAGAUGGUGAAUCAUGACAGGGAGCGGGAGAAGGAAAAUGACGAGGGGGAGUCCUCGGGAGGCGAGGAGGAGGACUACAGUGAGGAGGAAGCCGAACCCGAGGCGGUCAAAGCGGGAGAAUAGUUGUACAUAGGAUGGAAGAAUGAAAAUUGCUAGGAUAAGUUAAGGAAUCAGUCGCCGCCACUCUUGCCAAGUAUCAUCCAACUUAAUACUCAUUUAUUCCAUCCAACUACCUCAGUUUUUAUCUCAUAGAAUAUUUAUUGAUUACAUUUCCUUUUAUAGUGGAGGAACGAUGGCUCCACCCCUUCUACUAUAAUGAUACUAAAAAUUCCAUCCGUCUACCUCAAAGAUAGCAUAGGUUACGAGUGCAAGAUAAUAAGGGUUUUCAAGUGUAUACGGUAUCUUAGACAUAGUUGAAAAAAUUUAUAUUGGACUACGUUGCAGUUAUAAAAUAACUUAAAAUCGGUGUUUCAGUAGGCUGUUGUGUAGGUUUGUACUGCAUUAGAAUCUUGCCGGGUUGUUCCUCGAUUAUUUUCGCAACGGGUCCGUGCAUUUCAGUUUCACGCACGCAAACUCAGAUUUAACAAAAUGUUUAAUCCAAUUACCUCAAACUCAGGUCGGAUCGAUAGCACAAGACUAUUCUAUCUGUUUCUACACGGUUUUUUAAAACGAGCCACUUGGAUAUCCCGCAAAAUAAAAAUAAAACAUAUUGUAGCACCGUCCCCACUGAAAUACAAACAACCUCCUAAAAGUUUUAAAAAUAGAUUGUCAUUUUCUUGUGAAAUACAUGAAUGAACCUAGAAAUUUUUCAAGUGGCUCGUUCUAAAAACCGCCCACAUACAGUACUUCCACAGCAUUUCGUCAAGUCUGAGCGAGUGCUCCACCAUGGUCCACGCAUAAACAUGUUUAAUAGUGUGUAUUCCGCCAGUUUCAUUGCGUACUUGAAUUACUAAAUGUGUUUAUCGCAACAUGUAUACAUUCAAUUCAGGUGAAAAUGGUACAAAGCGUUUUUGCCUUUACAUCAAUAUUUUUGUACGUAACUUUAAAGAAGAAAUACUGAAAUGUUACAACUUUUUGAGAUUUUACUUUAUUUUAUAGAAUGCUUCCACAUAUGUUCGUAUGCUUCCCGUUAUAAGCAAUUCGUAGCUGUAUAACAAUCAAAUUGUACUAUUAGACGAACAUACACUCGUAUGUUUACUCAUAUUCAUCUCUCAGGACGCUCCAAUAUCAUUCUUACCGAAGUACAAAUUCCCGUAUCACAUUUACAAGUUUUGUUAUUUUUUUUUGACAAGCGAUUCUCACAUUUUCAGGGAUUUUCUCAGAUUCUUGCCAACAAGAUCAGUAUCAAAUUAUUUUUACAUUCUUAAUUAGUCAUAAUCAGUGAUAAUUCGUCAGGUAAAUAAUAGCAAAUAAUCAGGUAUCAUCAAGUCAUUUAUUAGAAAUAUUCAUAGAUUCAUUGUAUCAUCAGUCACUAGGUUAAGUGGAGAUAGUGCUUCUUUAUUAGAAUUUAGACUUCCAUUUCAACUUCCUCAACUCGUUGUCCCCACUAAUAAGCUUACAAUAAACAGCUGCAUAACAGGCAACGCGGUCUCGUCACUUACUAAGUAGUUCUUCCAUUUAUUUAUAUACUGUUGCAAUAGUUAUAUACUCGUAUUAUUUAGAAGUAUUCUUUUUAAUUUUUUUAAUUCGUAAUUUGACUCAGAAGUACUUAUUUUUAUACCUCGCAUAUUCAUGCUUGUCGCUAUAAGCCAAGUUCGAUUGGUAGUUCGUUGUUUCCCGGUGGUAAUCAUUGUUAAAUGUUCAUAGAAAGUAUUUGCUUACGUUCAAGACAAAGCAUAGGAAUAGAGUAAAAACUAGAAUAGCGAUAGCACUCGAAUAGAGGUCAUUGUUAAUUAUUGAUUAAGAUUAACUAGCAUAGAACCUAUUGUUAAAUGCAAAUACUUCGAUGUAUACCAAUAGGAGGAAGCACCUUCGAGUUUUGUUCUUAAAUGGCUUGCAUAUUCGGAACCAGUGAAAAACCCAUCGCUUUAACUUGUGAAUAUGCCGUACUACACUCGAUGAUGGCAACGAUUUAAGAGCAAAACGGAUAUGUUUAAGCAAAUAUGAGCUUGAAUACUGUUCCUUCCAUGAUUAGACUUGACAAAACGAAGGAACAAAAUAUUUUUAUGGUGCUUUUUGUUUCGAGAGAUAACAAUAUUGAUUUUGAGGUAUGUUAUUGUAUAUAGUCUCAUAUUUCUUGUUAACACGUAAACUUACGUGACGUUUCAAUUUUAAAGCUAGCAUACUGUACAUAUUUUUAUUUUCUUUAAUACCAAUCAAAUGCAAAUAAUUAUUAUUAGGUGACCGCCGAAUUUCUGCAGUUUGAUUUCAAGAAUUGUUAGAUACUCAAAAACGCUGCAGGAUGAGGGGUGUUGACGAUGUCUCAUCAUUAUUUCAAUGCCGUUGUGAUGUAGUAUUAUUUUGAUAUUGUUGUUUUUUCACGUUACCUACCUCAUUUUACAAUGAUUAGUGAGACUUACCUCACGCGACACGUAUUAAAAACUCAGAAAUGACAUUGCAGAUCUCUCUACAAUAAUACUGGUAUUUUUUGUACUUAAAAAAGAAACAAAAUAUCAAAAAAAUAUUUUUAUUUUUAAGCUUAGACGUGUACAUACAGUUGUUUUAUAGAAUUUGCAAGAAAUGAUAUUAAGUAUUUGUGAGAAAUCCUUACGGGACUUAUGGCGAGCUUAUAUAAGUGUGCAGUGCCAUAUAUUAGAAGAAAGUCUUUUUGCAACUUGUUGCGCGCAAUAAAUUGCAAAAAGCUUUGUGUUUUAUAUAUAGGACUCUACAGCAGUCGUUAAGAAAUGCAAAUAAACCGGAGUAAUGGUUCCUAAUUUAGUACGGUUCCUCAACAAUAGUUUUUAUGAACAAUAGUGAACAAGCCUUUAGAUAGUCCCGUAUUUCCUACUCACUAUUUUUCUUUCGUUGGGUUUUCGCUCAUUUCAAUCUUGUAUUAUUCCUACGUAGAGUGGAAUAUUGUGUAAACUGUGUUUAUUGUUGAGGGACUGGGUGCCUUCAGAAAAUAAUUUACCAGCUGAUCGUUAGAAACAUCUAGCGAUGUGAAGCUGAACAGAGUUCCUAACAUAACUCCCUUUACGAGAGGUGAAAAUACAUUUAAAAACAAAUAACUUGUAACUUUUAUAUAGCGUAGUGAACCGUUGACACCGAAAUAUAGUUUUGCUAAACGGCAGAAUCGUAUAUACACUAUAUUAUUAUAUAAAAUAGGUGUAUGUGUAAGAGUAUAUAAACUGAUAGGUAUACCUAAAAUACCCCCGUGUCCUUUUCAUUAUUUGCAUUUCUUUUUUUACUAUUAUUUAUGUUUGUACUUAAACGGACGAUGUGAAAAUAUUUUAUUUUUGAGAUUUUUAUCGUUAUGUGUAACGCUCUCUUUGUUUGUAAUUAAAAUGUUCCUAAUAUUUAAGUUAGGGUUAUGUUAAGUUUUUAUUGUCCUUGUUUAAUUAGAGGUAGGUGCAAUAAGAUCAACACGAUUAGUGACGUUAUAAAUAAAUACCUAUUUGCCAUAUUAUUAUUAUUCUAUUAUUAAUACGUUGUGUAUUGCUUGGGUAUCAUUUAUACAUUAUAAAUUAAUAUUAAAAAAUG